UUCUAUCUUUUUUUUAUCUGUUUCUUCAUCCUUUUCUCUCUCAGGAGUGGAGGAAAAACAUGGCAAACGAAUCAAAAUUGACUGUCUUGUGACCAGACUCUGACUGCAGAGUCUCUACAUUUCCAACAGCGGCGACAGCGCCAUUUGUUUGGACGCGCUGUAGAAUCGUUCGCAUUCAGACUAUUCGGAGUCGGAGUACUCGGAGUCGGAGUCGAAGCAGCUCUUCGCUUCAAAUUAAAGGGACCUAGGGGCUAUGCUCAAAGGAUGGUGCGACUAUGAGCUGAUUCCUACAAUCGGAGUUCCUAAGUAUCAUGCUGCGAGGAGUAAUUACAAUUACAUCACGAACCGAUAGCAACGUACGGUCGCCUCGUUUUAACGGCAUUCAAACGAGUCGUGUCUCAUUCUGCUGAGGUAUCAAAGGUGUCGCAAAUAGACUAGAAUGUCUCUAAGUGCCAGCGCGGAGAAUCUGUCGUCCGAGGGACAAAAUAGCGAAAGGUGGAAUAUGUGUUUGGAACUGGCGUUGGAGGGCGAACGCCUAUGCAAAGCUGGCGAUUGCAAAUCCGGAGUGGCGUUCUUCCAAGCAGCCAUCCAGGCUGGCACGGACGAUCUGCGGAUAUUAAGCGCGAUCUACAGCCAAUUGGGUAAUGCAUACUUCUAUCUGGGCGACUAUGUCAAGGCGAUGCAGUAUCACAAGCUGGAUCUAACUCUUGCUCGGAAUAUGGGUGACAAAUUGGGCGAAGCUAAGUCUAGUGGAAAUUUGGGCAAUACGUUGAAAGUUAUGGGCAAGUUUGACGAAGCUAUGAUAUGCUGCAAGAGGCAUCUGGAGAUCUCCAGAGAGAUUGGGGAUAAGCUUAGCGAGGGAAGAGCCCUUUAUAAUUUAGGAAACGUAUAUCACGCGAAGGGUAAGCAAGCGGGUAGAAUAGGUAAUCAAGAUCCCGGGGAAUUCUCUGAGGAUGUCCGACAGUGUUUGCAACAGGCUGUGCGCUAUUAUGAAGAAAAUUUAGAACUUAUGAGGGAAUUAGAAGAUUCUGCAGCUCAAGGUAGAGCGUGUGGUAAUUUGGGCAAUACAUUCUAUUUAUUGGGCGAUUUCCAACAGGCCAUUUAUUAUCACAAUGAACGUUUAAAAAUCGCCAGAGAAUUUGGUGACAAGCCGGCCGAGAGAAGAGCCAAUAGUAAUUUAGGAAACUCGCAUAUAUUUCUAGGCGAGUUCGAGAAGGCUGCGCAGCAUUACAAGAGAACCUUAGUUCUUGCACAAGAGUUGGGAGAUCGCGAGGUAGAGGCACAGGCAUGUUACUCUCUAGGAAAUACGUAUACUCUCCUGCGUGAUUACUCGGCAGCCGUCGAGUAUCACUUGUGGCAUCUGAGUAUAGCUCAGCAGCUUAAAGAUCGCGUUGGCGAAGGACGCGCUUGCUGGUCACUGGGCAACGCGUACGCCGCUAUGGGCAAUCAUGAGAAAGCGCUGCACUACGCAAAUCUACAUCUACACAUCUCAAAGGAGCUGGAAGAUCAAAUGGGCCAAGCUACCGCACAAAUGAAUGUCGAUGACUUACAGAAAAUUCUCGGUUUGGAAAAGAAUCAGCAAGAAAGCAACAAAGAGAAUCUGAACACGCAAAAAUUGACAAAUGCAGUGAAUGUUCCAACAACCAUGCCCUGUAGAUACAGACUCAGACGACAAAGCAUGGACAAUCUCGAUCUCAUUAAGCUCACACCCGACGCAAAGCAGAAAGACAAAUCGAAAAUCGUGUUGAACAAAGACAACAAUGCCGACAAUGCACAAUUUUCUCAAAAGGAAGAAGAUAACUUUUUCGAUUUGCUGUCCCGAUUUCAAUCAGGCAGAAUGGAUGAUCAACGCUGUGCUCUCAAUACAAAACGCAAUCCAAAGUAUCGAACAACGCCAGAAAUAUCAGAUAUGGAUGACAAGGACGGCGAGGAUCUGCUGGAAUUAAUCGCAGGAAUGCAAAGCAAACGAAUGGACGAACAACGAGUAACGUUGCCCUAUUUACCAGGGCUGAAUACCAAUCAAGACUCAGACGAUUCCUUUAUUGAGAUGCUCGUCAAAUGCCAGAGUUCGCGUCUAGAAGACCAACGAAGUCCUCUACCAGCUGCAUCAACAUUGCAAGAUUCCGAGGAAGAAAGGGGCCGAAGAGCCAAUGGAAAAACUCAUUCAGGUUCCACUGUGCCCGAAGAGGAUCUCUUUGCUCUGAUCCAAAGACUUCAAGCUGGUCGUAUGGAGGAUCAAAGGGCUUCUGGACCCGGCAAGGUAUGGAAAUAGUUGAAGAAACGAACUCGUUUUUGCACUCAGGUCUUCGAUUCCGUUCAGAUAGACUUAAUUAUUCAUUCGCGUAGACUGCUGCAUUUACAACGUAAUAAUUAAUUGAUACUCCCGUAAUCGAUUCUGUAGUUUAGCGACUGCUAAAAGUCAGUUGUGCGAAAGCAUUACGAAACAAUGCAAUAAUAAAAAUAACUUUUUAGUUGGCUAUCUAAUAAUGACUAACUGCCGUUAGUUUCUGACUACUUCAUAGAAUAAAUUACUGACUUGAGUAAUACAUUUUCUAAAUAAGUUAGUUUUCUGAAUAAGUCACAUAUUAAUGUAAUGCGUUUUUCGGGCCGACGAUGGUCGAGAUUUAUGUGACAUGCCAGUAACUAUUAUCGGUUUUAGUAGUAUCAAGAUUUUUAUAAUGCCUGCUUCACAGGUCUAUAAUUGCGCGUGGAAAAACAGGUUUUUCCAAACACUGCCAGCCUUUGAGAGCGUGAAUUAUUUUCAAACAUUCGCAUUCGUAACAAACGCGAAGAAUCUUUCAAUGUUCACAUUCUCAAGAAAUUGUAGAUUUAUUAUUUUAUAUACAUAUAUAUAUAUUUUUCGUGCAUAUUUCAAUUUACUUCCAUCUCUAUAAAGAGAAGCAAGAUUAUUUUUUGAAAGAAUAUAUUACGCGUAGAGGCGUUAUACAAUGAAUGAAAAAAGUAUUUGCGCACCGCCGAGUUUCACUAUUAGUAGCUCUUUUGAUUGCUAAAUAAUUGUGAACAGAUAACACCACCAAACAAAUUGUGUAUACGGGAAAGGUCAAAAAGUAAAGUGUAAAAGUAAAGUGAAGUAAACUUAUAAUCUUUUUUUAUAAUAUAUAAAAUAUUAUGUACAUUUCUUUUAUUUCUGGUUACAAGAAAUCUAAUUGUGACUGAAACCAUAUAUGCAUUACUUAUACUACCGUUCAUAAAAUCAAGAAACUUUUAACAAACAUACUUGAAAUUUUCUCACAUCUCACAAAAUAAAAGAAAUAAAAACUUAAAUUAAUAUUAUUGGGUUAGCAAAUAAAUUUGUUCGGUUUUUACUUCGGUGCAAGUUUAUUUCAAUUUACUCUUGUUUUCGGCAUUAUCGCGCAAAUCGCAUACGCAUUUGAAAGAUCAUAUUUCACAUUUCUAUUAAUUUUGGUUUGGCUAACAUCAGUAUUGUAUGUGCUGUGAAUAUAGAACUAAAUAAUCAUGCAUUAUCAUAUUUUUCUCUUUUAUUUCAAAAAAGGCAAACAAAUUGCGGAAGCUUAUAAAAAGAUAUGCCGCAUUUAUGCUAUAUAUUAUAGGGAUGAUACUGUAAUAGAACGCGUAUACCAAAAGUGGUUCACUAAAUUUUAUUCCAGAGAUUUCGAUGUCAUUAAUUACGUUUAUACGUCAAUCUUAAUCGGGUUUAAUAACUAUCGAGUUUUUAAACGAAAAAAUGGAAUAAUUGCGAUUGGUCUGUUUAAAAACUACGGUAGUUAUUAAAUCCGAUUAAAACUAACGUGUAAACAUAGUUAACGAAGAUAUUAAGUAAGGGAGUAUGUCGAUUGCGAUCUUCAAACAACUAUACACUUUACUUCUUGAUUCACUUUUGCGUAUAAGAUAUAUAUAUUAUAUAUAGUUACUGUUGGAUCAAAUAUUUUUGAGGAAUUUUAGAUAGAAGAAAAGUUAUUCUAAAGUUGAUUCUUUAUAGCUUCAAAAAAACAUGGUGCAUAAAUGUUAUUUUUGCUUGGUGUAUUACAUAUUCAAUAGGAAACUAUAUUGAAUAUUAGUGCCAAAGAUUCUCAACAUGCUGAGAAAGGGAAAGAAUCUGUUGAACGUAGAAGGACGCAAACUUACAUCGACUGAAUCUCUAUCGCGCAUUAUUGUCGCACAAAUUCUUUCCAUAAAGGCUUACUAUUGUAUUGUAAAAAUAUGUCGAUACACAUGUCUGACAUUACAUCUUAAUUGACAAAAUCAGGGUGGGUACUGCCAAGAAAAACCAAGAAGAACAGGUAUUAAUUUUUAUCCUUGAAUUUAAAUACCAAAAUUUGAGUACCCUCCUUCCCUCUAUUCUGAAACUAUUAAAUGAUAUAUGUAUAGUUCACCUCUUUGUACUUAUUAUUCUUCGCGAUUAGAGAAUUAGUUUUCUCCGGCGUAUUUUCAAUUUGAGUAGUUUUGAAACUUUAAAAUCUAUUUGUUAUAACACAGUAUCUAUUUAAACAGACUUUAUUUGAGGAUUUAAAUUAGGAUUAAUUAGCCGAAUGGUAAUAACAUAUUUAGCUGUAGCGCCUUAUAUGUUUUAAUAAUUAAAUAUAUGUACAUAAUUGAGUAAUUCCAUACCGAUUGAAACGUCAGAUUAGCGACGAGUUGAACAACGACGUUGUCAUUUAUGCGAAAAGAAAAAAGAAAGUUAUCAAUAUCGAUAUAAUAUACAAAAUAUAAGUUGACAAUUGACUUAACAAAAGUGCAAGAAUAGUGAUAUACCGAAUCGAGAUCGCUGAGUAUCUUUUGCUAUGUAUGGUUAUAAAAUUAUAUUUGCAAAAGAAGUGUAUAUACAUGGAAAGAGCUUUGAUUUAAUACAUCGAGAGAAGAUAAAAUUAUUACUGAAAAUACUAAAAGGCAAAUGACACUACACUCACAGAAAAGAUUUCUGGACUUAAUGCUAUCAUUCUUUGAUCUAUCAUAAAACAGGAUCGACAUAGCGCCAAGCCAAUCAUAUUUAUUAUCAAAGAAGAAAUAUUUUAUCUUUAAAUGGAAAGUUCUUAAAUUUAGAAUAAAAUGACUUUUGAUGCUAUUUUAUUAAUUUUCUUAGAAUGAUUUAGUAAAUUUGUGACAAUCUUAUGAUAUUCUAGAUUUAAGAAUAUCCGAUCUGAAGAUAGAAAGAUUCUGAUUUAUUCUUAAUCUUGUUUUAGUUUUAUACUAUAUGAGGUUGUAAUAAGAUUAAAUAUGUCAAGAAUAUUUUUUGUCUUGGUAUCAGAAAUCCUUUCUGAGAGGCUAAUCUUAAAAUCUUUGUAAUUCUUCUUUUUUUACCAUUGUUUCUUAGGAUGCUUUAGAUUCUACUUACUCUAUUUUAUUUUUUUUAUAUAACAAACAUUCGUUAUAUUAAACAUUAAUAUAGGUUCUUCGUACUAAUCGAUAUGUAAUUUUUAGUUUCACGAUCAUCGAGAUAUAUAAAUAAUACAUUCCAUUCUGUCCAUAUAAUAGUAUACAAUGUGUAAAGGAUCAAUAAAAAGUAUAUACUUUUUUCAGAAA